AUGGAGAAUCCGUGGAGUUCCCCUUGGACUACUGUCGAUGACGACCAGUCCAAACGACAGGCCCUUGAGCAUACCGCCGCGCCCGUUUCCGCUGCCAAAUUUGGCUCGGUAUGGGAUGACAAUAGUUUUGGCGACUGGGCCUCGACUGAUUUGAACAAUGGCGAUGAUGGCGCCCUCACUACAACCGACGAACGCGACGCGGGCGGGAUUGGAUCCAAGGGCGCCGAUUUUGGAUACACCACCGCGCCAGGAAUCGCGUCGCCUCGUUUCACCUCCUUCUCACACGAUCGAACCCCCUGCUUCCCCUCGCCAUCCGCGACCGGAAGUGUUAUUUUCAACGAAGACGAAGACUCGAAAGACCCGGAAGAGUCCUCUGAAGCCGAAUCGUCACGACCCUCUUCACCCUAUCCAGAGUCCGAUGCCGGUCCGGCCGAGGAGACCCUGGUGAUACCUAAGCAUCGCGAUGCUUCACCUACGCAGCAAGGCGAUCAAUCUCGACAGGCAUCGAGAGUGCAAGAACUCGUUGUCAUGUAUGAUGGCAUUGCCAAGAAGGCCACGCACGAACCCCUCCCCCGCUACCCCCACCUACGAAGCCAAAAGACCCCUCGGGUAACCACGACAGUGAAGAUGAUGAUGGCGAAGAUCGCCACACUCUUUGAGGGUGUCGCAGAGGAACCCGACGUCCGACCUGCCGACCUCCCAGACCAUCCGGACUUGAACUUCUCGACCGUCAGUGAGCGCAAGGCGUGGUACCAUCUGUCCCGGCAAGGCUCGUCUCGCCUGCACGAUUUUGGCGAUGACGAUAACUAUAGCCGCGUGACUUGGCGUGGCUCUGCCGUGAGCGAGGAAACGUUUGUCAUUGUCCGCCGCUGGAUGCAAGAAGGCCCCGCCUUGGCUGGCGCGCGGAGGGACGGGACAGGGGGUUGGCGUCCCCCUGCUGCCACCAUGCCGGCCACCAAUCCCUCAUCAGACGCGAAGCCGCAAACGUCUGCCAGGGAGGACGGUGGCGAUGACGACGAGGAGUGGGGCGACAUGGUGUCCUCACCACAGACAUCCAAUGGGUGGGGUUGGGGAUCCACGUCCAUGCCCGACUCUGGCGUGGAUUUUGCCGUCUCGUCGUCUACCAAGGCAACCUCGGUUGCCUCACCGGAUGGGAGCGUUCGUAGCUCCCAUCCCAAGCCUAGCGUUCGAUUUGCCGAACCACCGCUUGUUGUAGGCCCGACUAGCGAUGCCCCGGCCUUCUUCCCUUCCUCACCCGCGUCGCACCCGGCAUCCCCGCUUUCCCACACCAGCCAGCGGUGUCAACCGGCGCGGUCUCUGAGUCGUCGAGCGUGGGGAUCUCAGCGAACGACCUAG